AUGCCCAUCGAAGAGGUAGACAACGAGGUUACGCGUGCUAUGUCGCGUUGGAAUCCUGUCUCGUCUAAGACGCUUAAAAAGUACAUGGCACUCGUGGAGCGCGAGGUAGAGGCCGCUAUAGCUGAGGAAAUGCCCGAAAGCAUAGGGGUCAUGUUCGACGACAGGAGUGCUGGUUCUACUUACUACGUUGGCAUCUACGCUGUCUACAUGGUCGACGACUUGGCGCAGUGA